AUGGAUGCAAGAGUUCCAUUAUCACAUUCCUUAUGGUCACCUUAUGAUACAGUGAAAGAUGCUGCUGAUAGUUUAGGAAUUAAUUUACCAGAUGAAGCUGCUAAGAACCUAGCAAUGGAUGUUGAAUAUCGAAUUCAUGAAAUUUUAGAAUUAUCAAUCAAAUUCAUGAGACAUUCAAAAAGAAAAUUAUUAACUACUUCAGAUAUAUCUCAAGCAUUAAAAGUAUUGAAUGUUGAACCAUUAUAUGGAUAUGAUAAUUUUCAACCUUUAGAUUUUAAAGAAACAAUGGUUGGUGCUGGUGGUCAAACAUUAUAUUAUAUAGAUGAUCAUGAAAUUGAAUUUGAGAAAUUAAUAAAUCAAGAAUUACCUAAAGUUCCAAGACAAACUACAUUUACUGCCCAUUGGUUAGCUGUUGAAGGUGUUCAACCAAUGGUGCCACAAAAUCCAUUACCACAAGAUAUAAAAAAUUUACCACCAAUAAUGAGGGGUGCUACUUCGUCUAUAUUAGGUAAUGAUAUUUUGAGUCUUGCUAAUAACACAACCACCGAUGAAAAGAAAGAAGGUAAAGAUGAGAAAAAGAAGACAACAGAUAAAGAACUUCAAAAUAAACCAUUAGUCAAACAUGUAUUAUCCAAAGAAUUGAAGUUAUAUUUUGAUAAAGUGGUUGAAGUUUUAGUUUCCCAAGAUCCAGAGAAGGAAAAUUUGAAAAAUGCAGCUUUGACUUCACUUAAAAAUGAUCCUGGUUUACAUCAAUUAGUCCCUUAUUUUAUUCAAUUUGUAGCUGAACAAAUUACAAAUCAAUUAAGAAAUAUAAAUAUCCUAAUGACUAUGUUAGAAGUAAUUAGUGCUUUAGUUGAUAAUAAGACAAUCUUUUUAGAUCCAUAUGUACAUGCAUUAAUGCCAUGUAUUUUAACAUUAUUAUUAGCUAAAAGAAUAGGACCAAUUAUUAAAGAUACAGACAGUGAAGAAAAUCAGCACUUGUUGGAAUCACAAUUGUCAGUUAGAGAAUUUGCUGCAAUUAUGUUGGAACAUAUAAUUAAAAUUUAUGGUAAUUCUUAUACCACUUUAAGACCAAGAAUCACACGUACUUUAUUAAAAGCAUUGUUAGAUUCUACUAAACCAAUAGGGACACAAUAUGGUGCAUUAUUAGGAUUGAAAAAUAUGGGUAAUGAAGUUAUAAAAUUAGUAUUGAUUGGGAAUUUGAAAAUUUGGUACAAGACAAUAAUUGAAACUAAUGAAAAUGAAUUCGAGAAAAAUAUACUUAUAAAUACGGUAUUGGAAAUAUUGAGGAAAUUAAAAGUUGAAAUUAAGGGUGCUGAUGAAGAUGAAGAUAUGGAUAAAGAUGUUCUGGAAGAUAUUAAAUCUAAAUUGAUUGAAAGAAUAGGUGAGCCAUUAUCUAAACUUAUACUUGAACAAGAUGAUUCAAAAGAGAUAAUACGAGGAAUAUUUUUUGGUGAAAUAAGUGUAUAA